AGAACCUGGAUGUAGGAGAGGAGAGAGGGGGAAGGCACUCGCUAUACCCAAAGAGGGCCACAUCAUGACAUUAUUGAACUACAUUGUAGGGCUUGUAACUAAGCAUUUCAUGAUGUCCACGUACAAGAGGGCCACUCUGAACGAAGAUGACCUGGUAGAUUCCAACGGGGAUGAGUUCUACCCCCCUGCCAUGCAGGUGACACUGCGACAUGGUCCUGGUCCCAGGUGUUGGGCUGAGAAGACAUACACUGAACGGAGGCUGUUGGUCCUAGUGUGUGCAUUGUCUGUUGCAUUGUUCUUCUCUCUCAUCACUGUUGGGAUCUUCUACAAAGAGACUCACCCAGGUGUGUGUCGGACAGAACCAUGCAUUAUUGUGGCCAGUGCUGUGAUUGGAGCCCUGGACCGUUCUGUGGACCCCUGCCACGACUUCUACAGCUUUGCCUGUGGGGGAUGGGUACGGAACAACCCCCUCCCUGAGGGAAAGUCCCGAUGGGGUCCCUUCAGCAACCUAUGGGAGCGCAACAUGGCCAUCAUGAAGCACCUGCUAGAGAACACCACCAUGAAGGGGCUGAGCAAGGCUGAGGAGAAUGCCCAGAUGUAUUACAAGGCAUGUAUGAAUGAGACUAAGAUCGAGGAGUUAGGAGCUCAGCCUCUACUGGAGCUUAUCAAUCAGGAGAUCAUACAUUUUAUUUUACAGACAGGAGGAUGGGCCCUAACUGGCUCCUGGGACAAGAACAAUUUCCAGGAGGUUCUACGCACAGUGUCAGCCAACUACCAUUGCUCCCCCUUCUUCACUGUGUUUGUCAGUACAGACUCCAAGUGCUCCAACCACAAUAUUAUUCAGGUGGAUCAAUCUGGGCUGGGGCUCCCCUCUCGGGAUUAUUACCUCAACAAAACUGCCAAUGCAAAGUAUCUGAAUGCAUACCUAGACUUCCUGGUGGAGUUAGGGGUCCUGCUGGGGGGCUCACAGGAGACAUCCAGAUUGCUGAUGCAGGAAAUUGUGGACUUUGAGACCACCCUGGCCAACAUCACCGUACCCCAGGAGGAGAGGAGGGACGAGGAGCUAAUUUACCAUAAGAUCCAGGCAAAGGAUCUGGAGACAUUGGCUCCUGUGGUGGACUGGAUGCCUUACCUCACAGACGUGUUUGCUCCUGUUCUUCUAAAUGACUCCGAGCCUGUGGUGGUGUACGCCAAGGACUACCUCCAGAAGGUCUCUGACCUCAUUGCAAGCACUAACAAGAGUGUCCUGAACAACUACAUGAUCAUGAAGGUGGUGAGGAAGAUGGUGUCCAUCCUGGACAAGAAGUUCCAGGAUGCUGAGCAGCGCUUCUUUGAAGUCAUGUAUGGAACCAAGAAGAGCUGCACCCCACGCUGGAAGCUGUGCGUCAGUGACACAGACAGUGCCCUCGGCUUUGCUCUCGGGGCCCUCUUUGUCAAAGCCACUUUUGCUGAGGACAGCAAGGCCAUUGCAGAAGAUAUGGUCUCUGAGAUCAAAUGGGCAUUUGAGGACAGCCUGAAGUAUGUGGACUGGAUGGAUCAGGGGACCAAAAAGGCAGCCAGAGAGAAGGCUGAAGCCAUUUACAACAUGGUUGGAUAUCCAAAAUUCAUAAUGGACCCCAAGGAGCUUGACAAAGUGUUCAAUGAUUUUGAGGUGGUGUCUGACCUGUAUUUUCAAAAUGUCAUGCAGUACUACAACUUCUCUGCCAGAGUGACUGCGGACCAGUUAAGGAAAACCCCCAACAGAGAUCAGUGGAGCAUGACCCCUCCUACAGUGAAUGCAUACUAUAAUCCUACCAAGAAUGAGAUGGUGCUCCCUGCGGGAAUUCUUCAAGCUCCUUUUUAUAGCCGCUCAUUGCCAAAGGCCCUGAACUUUGGGGGGAUUGGUGUAGUUAUGGGACAUGAGUUGACACAUGCUUUUGAUGACCAAGGGAGGGAGUACGACAAGGAUGGGAACCUCCGCUCCUGGUGGAAGAACUCAUCUGUGGAGGCCUUUAAGAAGCAGACCCAGUGUAUGGUGGAGCAGUACAGUAACUACAGCAUCAACAAGGAAGCCCUCAAUGGAAAACACACCUUGGGAGAGAACAUAGCUGACAAUGGUGGCCUGAAGGCUGCCUACAAGGCUUAUGUGAACUGGAUUGCAAAGAAUGGAGAGGAGGCCACUUUGCCCGCCCUAGGGAUGACUAAUCAUCAGUUAUUUUUUGUUGGAUUUGCCCAGGUAUGGUGCUCAGUUCGAACUCCGGAAAGCUCGCAUGAGGGCAUCAUCACAGAUCCACACAGUCCGUCGAGAUUUCGAGUUAUUGGCACCAUCUCUAAUUCCCAUGAGUUCUCCAAGCACUUUGGCUGCAAGGCAGAUGCCCCCAUGAACCCUAAACACAAGUGUAAGCUUUGGUGAUGCCUAGCUACACAUAUGUAGGUCUGGCAGGUGGCAAAAUGGACACUGGGGACAUGGAGAAAAAAUAGAUGCAGUGGUAAAGUCUCUAAGGAAGGAGAGUACUGGUCUCGAUACCACUGAAAAUCCAGCUGUCUUACCCACUACACUUCUCAGUGUCCUUAAUGAGGACUGAAGCUGGAAGUUGAGCCUGAUCCAACUCUCUUCAUAAAGAAAAUUUGUUAUAGAAAUCAGCCUCUCUUUCCUCAAUGGAACUCUGAAAAUGUGCCUUCGUGUUCACUUAAUGGAGGGACAAUUUUAACACUGGAAACCAAAGGAAUGGUUAUAAAAAGGAGAACACUAAUGGGAACUUCUCUCAAUCAGAUUUUAUGAAGUUGUCAUAUGCAUUAUAGUGAUAUUUAUUUGUUGUUUGUAUCAGUUAUAUCAAUCCACCUCUGUGUUGUCUUCAGUUACUAUAUAUUUCUUGACUGCAAAAGAAAAUGACGAGUUGCAAUUCCUGGAUUUGGAUUGAGAUAUAAUCCAGAGGAAACGGUCAAUCACAUCUACAGUAUAAUACAAGUUACUGUCAUAAGUGGAUUGUAAAAGCCAUAUUUUAUUAUUGCACAUGAUUGAUCCGGUCAAUAAGCCCAAUGUGUAGGCCUAGCUUGUUUCUGCAUCAACAAAACCUAACACUGAUUUGGGUUAAUGUCUCUAGUGUAUGCAGUAGUGGUGUUAGAAAGUGACCCUCACAUAAUUGGUAAAUGCCUGAUAUAAGAGACAUACUUAAACAAAUAUUCAUUCAGAGCAUUCUGAAACUCAGGGAUGUACUGUUUAACCUUUAUUUAACAAUGCAAGUACUGAAAAAAAUAUAAACGCAGCAUGUAAAGUGUUGGUCCCAUUUUUUUUUUACAAGCUGAAUUAAAAGAUCCCAGAAAUAUUCCAUAUGCACAAAAAGCUUUUCCCUCAAAUGUUGAGCAUAAAUUUGUUUACAUCCCUGUUAGUUAGCAAUUCUCUGUUGCCAAGAGAAUCCAUCCACCUGACAGGUGAGGCAUAACAAUUUAAAUUUUUUAUUUUACCUUUAUUUAACUAGGCAAGUCAGUUAACAACAAAUUCUUAUUUUCAAUGACGGCCGAGGAACAGCCUUGUUCAGGGGCAGAACGACAGAUUAGUACCUUGUCAGCUAGGGGAUUCGAUCUUGCAACCUUUCGGUUUCUAGUCCAACACUCUAACCACUAGGCUACGCUGCUGCCCCAAGAUGGUGAUUAAACCGCAUGCUCUUUACACAGGUGCACCUUGUGCUGGGGAUAAUGAAAGGCCACUCUAAAAUGUGCAGCUUUGUCACAGAUGUCAAGUUUUGAGGGAGCAUGCUGACUGCAGGAAUGUCCAAUAGAGCUGUUGCCAGAGAAUUGGAUGUUAAUUUCUCUACCAUAAGCUGCCUCCAAUGUCAUUUUAGAGAAUUUGGCAGUCCAUCCAACAACCGCAGAUCAUGUGUAACCAUGCCAGCCCAGGACCUCCACAUCCAGCUUCUUUUUCUGAGGGGAGUGGGAUAUUUAUGUCUAAUAAAGCCCUUUUGUGGGGAAAAACUCAUUCUGAUUGGUUGGGUGGGCCUGGUUCCUAAGUGGAUGAGCCUUUGCCCACCCAUGGCUGUGCCCCUGCCCAGUCAUGUCAAAUCCAUAAAUUAGGGCCUAAUUUAUUUAUUUCAAUUGACUGAUUUCCUUCUAUGAACUGUUACUCCGUAAAAUAUUUUAAAGUGUUGCAUGUUGCGUGGAUAUUUUUGUUCAGUAUAUUAACCAUUGAACAAGUCACGUAACAAAAAUAGUUUUACCGUUCUGUGUCUGGUCAUACAUGACAUGACUUCUCUGUGACGUUACUUCACUAAUUGUUCUUAUCUCAUCGAAAUGUUGUCACAAUUCUUUUGUAUGACCCAUCUAUUUCAAUGGCCCAUCUGAGGCUUCAUAACGACACCUUUAACGUAAUGAUGAGCCUCCGUUGUAUUCCAAAACAAUAAAAGUAAAUGAAUAGUGGU